CGUUGGUCUUGUGUUUAAAUACAGGAUCUAGGGCGCACUUUGAGGGAUUAUUCCGGGACAGAUCGAGAGCAGUGUUACAAGGAAAAGUAAAUGGGAGAGAAUCCCCCACCUUUAUCACGGAAGGUAUUUCUGGAGGCAUGCCAAAGGAGCUUCGACAGAACAGGAUCCAAAAAAUCUGGAUUCCGUCUAAGGAUGACAAACCUGGGGCGCCUCGGAGAGGCGCGCUGCUUGGCGGGAGGGUCUGCGCUCUUAUUGGAUCGCUGGAGUGCGCUGGUAUGGUGCGAUGCUCGCCGGUGUGAGGAUCUUACUGAGAGCUCUUUUCAUCGAAAGUCUGAUGUCAUUCUGUGCCGAUUUAAAGGUACAAUAGCGGGAGGGGGCCUGCAUCUCGCUAACCCCCCCAUGGUGAUCGUGAUGGUGGGGCUGCCUGCUCGCGGGAAGACCUACAUGGCGAGGAAGCUGACGCGGUACCUCAACUGGACCGGCCUCCCCACCAAGGUCUUUAAUGUCGGGGAGUAUCGGCGAGAGGCAGUCACACACUACGGUUUCGACUUCUUCAAACCAGACAACCAGGCCGCAGUGAAGAUCAGACAAGAAUGUGCCUUAGCAGUGCUGAGAGAUGUGAAGUCUUAUCUGACAGAGGAGGGCGGGCAGAUCGCUGUCUUUGAUGCCACCAACACCACCAGGGAGAGGAGAGACAUGAUCCUGAGUUUCGGCAGUGAGAAUGGAUUCACGAUCUUUUUCAUUGAGUCUGUGUGUGACGAUCCAGAGGUCAUCGCUACAAAUAUCAUGGAAGUGAAGGUGUCCUGUCCAGACUACCAGGACUGCAGCAAAGUGGAGGCCAUGGAGGAUUUUCAGAAGCGGAUCGAGUGCUACCGGCUUUCCUACGAGCCUCUGGAUCCAGAUCAGUAUGACAGGAGGCGGUCCUUCAUCAAGGUGAUGGACGUGGGGCAGCGCUUCCUGGUGAACGCCGUGCAGGACCACAUCCAGAGCCGUGUGGUGUACUACCUGAUGAACAUCCACCUGCAGCCGCGUACCAUCUACCUGUGUCGCCACGGAGAGAGCGAACACAACCUGCGCGGGCGGCUGGGCGGAGACUCAGGUCUGUCCUUGCAGGGGAGAAAGUUCUCCAAGGCGCUGUGCAGGUUCAUGGAGACGCAGCAGCUGUCGGGUGUGAGGGUUUGGACCAGUCAGCUCCGUCGCAGCAUCCAGACCGCACAAGCCCUGGGAACACCCCACGAGCAGUGGAAGGCCCUCAACGAGAUCGAUGCUGGUGUGUGUGAGGAGAUGACGUAUGAUGAGGUCAGAGAGAGGUACCCGGAGGAGUUUGCACUGAGAGAGCAGGACAAGUUCUACUACCGCUACCCCUCCGGAGAGUCGUAUCAGGACCUGGUGCAGCGCGUGGAGCCGGUGAUCAUGGAGCUGGAGCGGCAGGGGAACGUGCUGGUGAUCUGUCACCAGGCCGUCAUGCGCUGCCUGCUGGCCUACUUCCUGGACAAGAGCGCUGAUGAGAUGCCGUAUCUGAAGUGUCCCCUACACACGGUGCUGAAGCUCACUCCAGUGGCCUACGGGUGCAAAGUGGAGUCUGUCUCCUUGAACAUCGAUGCAGUCAACACACACAGGGACAGGCCUGAGCCCAUGCUGAGAGGCCGGGGGGGGCUGAUUCGGAGGAACAGCAUCACGCCCCUGUGCAGCCGUGAGCCAAUCAAGAAACCCCGCAUGCAAAGCCCGGAGGACCUUCAUAUCCCAGAACCCCCAUCCCACUGCAGCACCUCGCCUGUGUCCCUCUCCAGACAGAUCUGGCUCCGCACAGCUUGUCUAACUUGACGUCAGGUCCUGACGGGUCCUGACCUCCUGCAGGUCCUGCAGGUCCUGAAGCGUCACCUGACCUUCAGCACAGGAAGUGAUGUCACAAAGGGGACGUUGAUAUCCUGUACAUCUGACUUUCUGUGUCAUCUGGACGUGGGUGGGGACAUGAGCCCUGCUGUUAUUGGUGCAGGAUAACGUUGGUUUUCACCGCUGUGCAAGCGAAUGUCCUAGCACUGUUAUCUGUAAGUGCUAAUAGCACACAUUCUAGUGUACAUACCUGCUGAAAUGUCUUUCUGUAAAUAGAGAUCUUCGGUGGAGGGAAUUCUUAGAAGAAAUGACUAAUAUUGUUUUUAAAAACAACCUAAACUCACAUAAGAUCUGUACUGAGCUCUUGGCCCAUAUGGGAACUUUGUGAAUGAUUCAGUGCAUUGUUUUCAAUGUGCUUUGAUAACCUGUACAUAGCAUAGGCCUGUGGGGGCAUUGCAGUCUGGCAUACAGUCAUUGUGUCUAGACCAGCUUGUUCCUGAAAUGGAAUCAUAAUCUGUGGCUCCUGUUCACAAAAGUUUAUAACUGGAUGAAAUUUAUCCAUGGGAACUUGGGAAAAUUGAAGCAGUUUAUUUUUACUGAAAUUGCUGUAAAUGUCAAGGAUUUGAACCCUGAAAUUAAUUAGUUUUGCCUUUAUUUCAGAAGUUGUAUGCUUGUAUGUUCCUUGUUUAUGUACCUGACAAUCAGAACACAAGUUUGAAAACUAGAGAGCAGGUUAUCGAUGUGUAUUUGUAUGCGUGCUCUUGUUUAUGUGAGUGGUGAUGCUGUUGAAGAGUUGAUAGUAUUGUGACUUUAGUGUGUGUGCUGUGUUGUGUGAUUUCUCCGUGGUUGUGUUUCAUUAGUGUUGAGCGUUUACCCACAGUGCCUUGUGCUUUCUCUGGACGUGUUGCUUCAGUAAAGCAUGCUGGGGGGCACAUCUCUUUCUGAUUGUAAUCAUUUAGGUUUUUUUUUUAAAUCAUGUACGUAUCACAAUUAUAUUUUUUGUUUUGCUUUUGCUUUUCUCCUGAUGAUAUAUCAUUGUGUUAAUAUUUAGGAGAGCUGCCUAAACCAUGAGGGGGACGUUUGUGAGCACUUUAGCAUGGCCGCAGCACUGUAGUGUAAUCAACGUUGUUACCCAGUAACAGUCCUUGCUUAAUUGGCUGUUUUUGUCUCAACAGGAAACGUAAACGUAUGUGUACAAAAGGAUGCAAAUGUGCAGAAGGGAAGUUGAGAAUAUAUACAGAAGGAUAUUGCACAACAGUAGACAGGAUAUAUUGUGCUUUUUUUGAUUAAAUUUGAUAUUUGAUCUGUUUGAUUGAGAGCACAUGCAGGACUGGUAUUGGUCACAUGGGGGGUAUUGGGAACAUGUUAUUGUCACUAAUGGUAAGAAUGUUAUUUGUGAUGAUACUUGAAUUGUUUUGUUGAAAGUUGGUUGAAAUAUUUGCGCGUUGAUGUUGAAAACAUCACUAGCAUGCAUUCCCGUGUGGCGAAUGAAAGGGAGGUUUGGGUUACUGUAUGUAUUUACAAGGUCUGUGUGUUUCGCAGUUGCUGGACCAAUAAAUGAUCUUUUAAAA